CGAUGGUCGCAAGAUGGCGGCGCUGAAGGAGGCUCGGAGCUACGGGCUGUCGUGCGGGCGAGUGAGCGAUGGCAGCAAGGUGUCCGUGUUCCACGUGAAGCUCACCGACAGUGCCCUGAGGGCCUUCGAGAGCUACCGCGCCAGCCAGGAUUCUGUUUCACUGAGACCUUCGAUCCGAUUUCAAGGAAGUCAGGGGCACAUCUCCAUCCCCCAGCCUGACUGCCCCACGGAGCCGCGGACGUUCUCCUUCUACCUCUCCAACAUCGGCCGUGACAGCCCGCAGGGCAGCUUUGACUGCAUCCAGCAGUAUGUCUCCAGCCAUGGGGAUGUCCACCUGGACUGCCUGGGCAGCGUCCAGGACAAAAUCACAGUGUGUGCCACCGACGACUCCUACCAGAAAGCGCGGCAGAGCCUGGCUCAGGCUGAGGAGGAGACACGGAGUCGAGGCGCCAUCGUCAUCAAGCCCGGAGGCCGUUACCUGGGCAAAAAGGUUCAGUUUCGGAAACCGGCCCCGGGGGCAGUGGAUGCUGUGCCCUCCCGGAAGCGGGCGACCCCCAUCAACCUGGCAAGCGCCAUCAAGAAGACCAGCGCUGGCAGCGUUAGCGGGGGCAGCGGGGUGUCUCAGAGGCCCUUCCGUGACCGGGUGCUGCACCUCCUGGCGCUGAGGCCCUACCGGAAGGCUGAGCUGCUGCUGAGGCUGCAGAAGGACGGCCUGGCUCAGGCGGACAAGGACUCACUGGACGGCCUCCUCCAGCAGGUAGCCAACGUGAAUGCAAAGGAUGGCACAUGCACACUGAAGGACUGUGUGUACAAGGAUGUGCAGAAGGACUGGCCCGGCUACUCGGAGGGGGACCAAAAGUUGCUGAAGCGGAUGCUCAUCCGGAAGCUGUGCCAGCCACAGAGCACAGGCGGCCUCCCUGGGGACCUUGCGGCCAACAGUCCUCCAGGCGAGCAUGGGAGCUCGGCCUCACCCCCUCAGAAACGGCCACAGCCUCCUGAUUUCAUCGACCCUCUGGCCAACAAGAAACCCAGGAUAUCGCACUUCACCCAGAGAGCUCAGCCUGCAGUCAACGGGAAACUGAGUAUGCCCCACGGCCGUGAGGCCCUGCUUCCCACCCCGGGCCCACUGGCUGGUACAGACGCCCACCUUCCCCUGCGGCUGGAGCCACCACGGGCCCACGACCCCCUGGCCGAUGUCAGCAACGACCUGGGCCACAGCGGCCGGGAUUGCGAGCGUGGGGAAGUGGCCGCCCCGGCACCUGAGUGCCUCAGCCUGCCCCUGCUGACGGACUGUGCCCAGCCCAGCAGGCCCCAUGGCAGCUCCUUGCACGGCAAGUCCAAGAAGAAAUCCAAGAAGCACAAAGACAAGGAGAGGGCGGCUGAGGACAGGCACCGGCCCCGGCCGCCAGACCAGAUGCCGGGGCCCCUUGGAGCCCCACCAGUCGCCCCGGGUUUAAAUGGGACCUGCAGCAGCUCAAGUGUUCCCACGUCGACCUCGGAGACGCCCGACUACUUGCUAAAAUACGCCACUAUCUCCUCCUCGGAGCAGCGCCAGAGCUACAAAAACGACUUCAAUGCUGAGUAUAGCGAGUACCGAGACCUGCACGCCCGCAUCGAGCAGAUCACGCGGCGCUUCACGCAGCUCGAUGCCCAGCUCCGGCAGCUCUCCCAGGGCUCCGAGGAGUACGAGACUACUCGUGGGCAGAUUUUACAGGAGUAUCGGAAAAUCAAAAAGACCAACACCAACUACAGCCAGGAGAAGCACCGCUGCGAGUACCUGCACAGCAAGCUGGCCCACAUCAAGAGGCUCAUCGCUGAGUAUGACCAGCGGCAGCUGCAGGCCUGGCCUUAGCCCAAGGCCACAGGGCAGGAGGUCCCACCCAGCCAGCCAGGCCAGCUCACCUCACCAGGCUGACCGUUCUGGAUGGUGGGGGAGCUGGGGGCGAGGGGGAGCUGGACGAGGAAAAAAGAGAUUUAUUUGAAAAAAUAAACGUGAGGAAGACGCAUUCAUCUGAGCCAGGAACGCCGGCUUUCAGGGGAGUCCCUGCAGCCCUGGCACCCACAGGUCACACAGACCCAGGUGGGGUGUCCAGCUCCCCCGGGCCCCCACACACCUCCUGAGCAGCCUCCCCACCCAGGAUGGGCCCCCCAAGAAGCCCACCUCCUCGCCAGCCACCCCCCGCCCCCCAGGGGCUUCAGCUUCCUGUCAGUGAAAGACUCCAAGGCCGGCCUGCCUGCCCGCCUUUUCUAGUUUUAUACAAAGACAGCCACUUUUAGCUACUGCUUAUGAGACUUGAGUCUAUUUUUAUACGAAAGAGAAAGCAUCUUUUUUCUAAACCUGUGCCUCCCCUCCUUGGACGCCCAGGGUCUAGGCGCUGCCCUGUGUCCUUUCUACAGUAUUACAGAUGCUCGGGAAGUUCGGCAUUGUUUCUGUGAGCUCCAGGGCUCCCAGGAGAGAACCCGUGGGGGGCGGACAGGGGUGCCUCUCCCACGCUGGUCUCCCUCACACACAGCCUCUCCCUCGCUCUAAGGGGGCGGGCAGGGCAAUGCGACCCCCGCAGCUCUAUUUGGAAAACUCCAGCUGGUCCAGGAGCAGCUGCUGGGAGCCACCAGGCCCACCCUGCUAUUCCAGGCCCUCAGCUGUCAGGGGUCACUGGGAGUUUCUGUGCUUGUAGCCCGCGCUCUGCGGCAACAGUGUCGGAUUUUAUUUUACUGUCUUCUCAAUUCUCCCCUUUGCUGCUGCUCUUCAUUUCGCACUGUUGAGACCAAGUGGUCUCCAUGCUGUUGACCUCGCUCCGCCCCUCAGCCCACUUGUGGGUCCUGGGGUCGUCUUUGCAGAGCCACCACGGGGUUUGCACUCAGGGA